AUGGAGAAUUGGAAGGACACCAAGAACGACCUAUUUCGUAAUGCCAUGGAAAACCAGUGGUCGGAAGUAUUUAAAACGCUCGAGGAAGACAGGGGGCUUCGCACGGCCAAGGUUACGGCGACAGGGGACACCGUGCUUCACAUGGCAAUGUAUGCUCUGGACGAGACGGUGGUGGUGGCCGCGAUGGUGGACUUAGUUCUGGAAGAUGAAGAGAGUAGUGAGAGGAGCUACGUCCUUGAGGCUGCGAAUGUGAAAGGUAACACUCCUCUGCAUUUAGCAGCCUCAAUUGGUAACAUUGAAAUGUGCAAGAAGAUUGGUGGUGUUAAUCCCUCCUUAAUUGCUACACGCAAUGAAGCCGGCGAGACACCCCUCUUCCUGGCAGCUCUCCACGGCCAGAGAAAAGCUUUUCUUUGGCUUCAUUAUCUGUAUAUGGAAAUUCCUGGGGUCUCUUCAACCAACUAUGCUCACUGUAUAAGGGACAACAAGGAUACCAUUCUACAUUGUGCAAUUGCAGAAGAACAUCUGGACGUGGCCAUCGAAAUAAUUCAUCUUUAUAAAGAUCUCGUGAAACGGAGCAUUUUCAAUGACGAAGGGUUGUCUCCACUCCAUCUACUGGCAGAAAAGCCUUCAGCUUUCAAAAGUGGUGCCCUCCUUGGUCGGCCAUUUGGACAUCUCGCGUAUCAUCUUUUGGGCGAUAUGACAAAGAAUAAGGCCACGACGAAGGAAGAAUUAGAGAAGGAAGAUCAUAAAUCGUGCGUUAUGGCUCUCAAGGAUGCGUGUCCUGUUUCCGUUCCAGUUAUUUUGGGAUAG